AUGGAGCACAUCGCGGAAGCGGCUGGAAUCGCGAGAACGAGCAUAGCAACCGGAGCGAAUGCAUUUCAACAAAUUGGACCCAAAAUUGAGAUACUAGCAAAUGCCGGACAGUUUUUGAAACAAUCAAUCGAGAACAAGACGAUAGACGCGACGAAAUUGAAGGAAUUGUGGGAGAGCGUCGGAGAAAUGGCGAAGAGCGUGAACGAGAGCUUCGAGCAAAUCAGAGCAGCCAGUACUCUUUCUUUUUAUCAGGUCUGAACUUUGAACUUUGAUGUUUGACUAUCUGUUUAUGUUCUAGGAAGCCGCCGACAUUUCCGACAAUCUGAUUCAAAUGUUCGAUGGAAUUCUUUCAAAUCCCGGUGAAGACUCUUUCGAGUACUUCAAAAACUCGUAUGAUAUGAACUCACCGAUUGAGACUGCUUAUGUAAUGAGUACGCUCAUUUUUAAACAAAUUUCGAUCAGAUAAUAUUCAGAAAACGAUAAGUCUGCUUGAGAAAAAGUCCACGAACCCGAUGCGAGUGCAAACUUCAACUGCUGCAAAAGACUGGCCCACUGCGUUCUUGCGGAUACUUUCCCACUUUGUGAGUCGAUUUUUUAUGUGUCUUCGCAUAAAUCGCUUUUAGUUGUACCUUGAAAGUUUCGCCAACGGAUUGUACCAGUCACGAAGCAUGUACGCACCGAAUGCGUUGAAACGGAGAAUUGAGCUGUUCAGCGAAGAACUGGACGAGUGGAAGGAAGAGACUGUGGUUAGGGGGACAAAUGUUGAUCAUUCUGAAAACUAAUAAUAUCACCUUGAAGGAUCCGCUAUGGGCUAACAUGGCAAAACGUGUGAUUGAGACCAUCCAGAAGGAGAACACGGGCAACGAUGAGAAGGUUGCCGUUUUGGAGAAAACGUUGAAGAAAUCCUUUCCAAAGUGAGUUCAAAGUUCCAAAUUCAAGGAUAUCAAAGGCAAUUUGCAGAGAAACAACGUUCACAAUGGUGUACAACGAGUGCGACGGAGCGCAGAACCACGUGCUGCGGGGACCGUCCUCCCUGGCCAUCCAGUCCGUCCAUCUCGGCGGCACCAAUGUCGUCGUGACGCGAAGUGCCAAGUGGAAGUCGAUCAGCGAGUCGGAGAAGGAUCAGUUCAGGGCACACAUCAAGAACUUGACUCAAACCACGUGGCAAGACGACUACACUCUGUUCGUCGACUCGUUGAACGGCAUCAAAGGCCUCGGAUUCGUGGCGCUCGUGUCGGAGACUCUCAAUUUGGCGGUCGGGAAUGUGGACACCGCUCCAGGAGCUCUCACUCGUAUUCGCGUCGAGAAAGAACACUUUUCAGGUGUAGGGUUGGGCAAAACGUUCACUCUUUUUGCGGGCUACCAGUAA